GUGGUACUAGUGAGGUUGUUGUUAUCACUAUCACUUAUCAUCAAUCAUUAUUCACAUGGAUAUCAUCAAAAAUUGUCUACAUUUGAAUCAAAAUAUCUCUACCAAAAUAAUACUCAUACUCGUUCUUGCUCCUCUUGUUAGUAUAACACCAAUUCACUUCCCAGAAAACCCCAAAUCAAUCAGCCAUGUCUAUUUCAUCAUCAUGGUGUAUAAACUCAACUACCCAUCUCUUCCCAAUCCAUAAUCACCCCUCAAAAUUCACCCUCCUUAAACCCUUUACAAAUGUGACUUUAAUUCCUAUUGCAAAACCCACAAACACUAACUUAUCAUCCUCAAAAUUGGGAAUUAAAUGUGUAAAUGCGAACCAAAACUACGAUCCCACAAUUGAAGAUUGUACAGAAAAAAGGAUACCCAGAUGGCAGAAAUUGGUAUCAAAUGCAGCAAGUUUGUACCCUGUUUAUGUGAGUGUUGGAGGAGUUAUUGCGUGCUUAAGACCUUCAACUUUCUCAUGGUUUGUUAAUAAAGCUCCUUUCUCUUACAGUCUAUCCCUUGGUUUGAUUAUGUUAUCUAUGGGUUUGACACUCCAGCUUAGGGAUUUGCUUAAUUUAUUCAAGCAGCGCCCUUUUACUAUACUGGUCGGCUGCAUUGCUCAGUAUAUAAUUAUGCCAUCAAUGGGAGUAGUUGUUAGCAAAUUCUUAGGACUCCCACCAGCUCUAUCUGUUGGCUUAAUACUGCUAGCUUCUUGUCCAGGAGGGACUGCAUCCAACGUGGUGACUUUAAUCGCUCGUGGGGAUGUCCCCCUAUCGAUUGUAAUGACUAUGUGCACAACUAUUGCCGCUGUACUAACCACUCCUCUUCUUACCAAAUAUCUAGCAGGAACUUGUGUUCCUGUCGACAUUAUUCAGCUUUCUAUUAGCACAUUGCAGGUGGUUGUUGCACCAAUUUUUUUGGGUUCGUUUUUUCAAAAUACAGUUCCUGCUGCUGUAAGAGUCGUCACACCCUGCGUUCCGCUCUUUGCUGUCUUGACGUCAUCUUUGCUUGCUUGCAGUGUAUUUUCAGAAAACGUUGUUCGUCUCAAAUCUAUGAUUUCCGCUACCAGUACAUCAUACGCAUUCAAUCUGGAUCCAAAUGUCCAGUGGAAAGCAAUUAUGUCCAGCGAACUGGGAAUUACCAUAUUAUCAGUUCUGCUGCUACAUUCAGCGGGUUUUUUUCUAGGCUAUGUCUACUCGUCUAUUUGUGGCUUUCGAGAACCUCAAAGGCGAGCUAUAUCCAUUGAGGUCGGGAUGCAAAAUUCAUCCUUGGGUGUGGUUUUAGCAGCAUCUCACUUCAGCUCACCAGAGGUAGCACUACCCGCCGCUAUUUCGGCUGUCAUUAUGAAUAUAAUGGGAAGUAGCUUAGGAUUUGUAUGGAGAAAUAUUGAUCCUAUUGAUAGUGAAAAAGUAUAAUUAUCUUUUAUGUUUUAGUGAUUGAAGGUAUGUUAAAUGUCUACUACAUUAGGCUUGGAAUUUGGAGGUUUAGUCACCCUUUGGCAUGUACAUAUACUUAUAUUUUUUGUAUCUUAAUUGGUAAAGUACACUCCCUAUUAGCAUGGGUACCCAUUGAUUAUACAUAUAUACUUAUAUUAUGAUUAUAAAAAAGAUGUUAUUGAUGGCU